GUCACCACAGAGGUCAAAUAGUUACUUCCGGUGAAGGAAUUUACGAAAGGUGAAAAAGAAAUGACGGCGAACGCUAUACCGCGUAAUUAUGUUAAAAAUGUCAUGCAGAAUGGCAUUGGUAGAUAUAUCUGUCAGCUGCAAAGAAUAACUCUCAAGUUCUGCAAAUCAAAUGCUGACAGCAAGGGAAUGAGAGACUUUAUUGAGAAACAUAUGUUGGAUUUUGCACACGGUAAUCCUAGUGUGGUUGUUUACCUGAAGCCUCGAAGGCACCGUUCACCCAACCUGACAGCUGAAUAUUUAAAUGGAAGAACAGAGAUAAUCAGCACAAGAAACAUGGCAGCUGAAGAAAUUUGCAAGUGGGUUGAACACUUGAAAUCUCGGUCAGGCGUCCAGAUUGUGCGUCUUAUCCAACAUCAUCAUACAGACAUCUCUAGCAUACAGGGCAUUUGGCAUCCAUUCCUGAACAAGGACCCUUCCCUCGCUGCCACCACUCUUCCAGCACCAGAGCUUUACAGAGUUCCACGCAAACAAAAGUCUGCAACUGAGAUGUUGCUAGAUAAAGCAUCAAUUAGGAGAGAAGAAGAAAAUGUAGUAAAGGAACUGGGAAGUGUGGAAAAUAUUAGCUUGAAAGAGUAAAUCAAGGACAUUUCGAUUUAGGAUGGUUUUUUUUUUUAAUUGUAAUGUGUUUUUUGUUAUGAAGCUGUGUACUUGUACAAUAAAUUUAAAUCAUCUGAAACCACAAA